AUGGCCGACGCAAGCCCCGCCAAGUCGACAACGUCGCCCCGACCUCAGCUGACCUCGUCCAUGAGGAGCAGCUCCUUCUUGCGCGAGCACCAGCAGUACCGGCCCCCGCAGCACCCAGAGAGCCGCUUCGGCAUCGACACCGUCGUCGAGGACCUGAGCAACGUCGCCGUCUCUCCGCCAAAGCAGCACAACCACAACGCCGGCCACAAGCACUAUGCGGGCUUCAACGGCAUCCCCUCAGAGGACGACCCACCCACCAUCCGCAGCGGCCUGAACCACAGCUACUCGCACCCCAACUGCGCGCCCGCGGGUGGGAAGAAGCAGUCGCGCUUGGUGGCCACGCUCUUCUACAAACCGAACGGCGGCGACGGCGCCGGCCACCACACGACAGCGGCCGGAGCAAGUGGCGGCCGCGUCGCAUCCCCCCCGACCCUCACCUCCGACAGCGCCAGCGGCAAGGAGUCCCUCCCGGCCAACUUCGCGCCGACCCAGGACCCCGAGUCCUUCCCCCUCGAACCCCCGACCCUCGAGCCCGAGAAGCUCGACCACCUGUACGGAUCCCACGUCUCGCCCAUGUGCGUGACCUCGUUCCUGCACCUCAUGUCGACCUUCCCCCUCCCCGCCGGCGAGUCCGACUACAGCUCCUCCCACCGCUGCCUCGACAGCCAGGAGCACCCGCGCGUCGUCGAGCUGACCCUCGACCCGGCGCCCUGCCAGAGCUACCUCAGCCUGACGGACCUGCGGCGGCACGAGCUCAUCUACCGUUUCGAGAGGGAGUGGAGCGUCGACGUCGCGCUGCAGCCCGACACGCUGUGGCGCAGGCACCCGCGUCUCGUCGUCUUCGACAUGGACAGCACCCUCAUCACGCAGGAGGUGAUUGACUUGCUCGCCGCGACGCUCACGGACCCGCCCGACCUGGCCGCGCGCGUCGCCGACAUCACGCACCGCGCCAUGCUCGGCGAGCUCGAGUUCGACGCCGCGUUCCGCGAGCGCGUGCAGCUUCUCAAGGGUCUGCCCACCUCCUGCUUCGAGCAGCUGCGGCCCGUCCUGGAUGUCACCAAGGGCGUGCCCCGCCUGAUCAAGGCUCUGAAGCGCCUCGGUGUGAAGACCGCGGUGCUGUCGGGCGGGUUCUUGCCCCUGACGAGCUGGCUUGCUGGAGAGUUGGGCAUCGACUACGCGCACGCCAAUGAGGUUGUCAUCGACGAUGCUGGAAAGCUCACUGGGGAGGUCAAGGGCCUCAUUGUAGGCAAGGAGCGGAAGCGUGACCUCCUUGUUGAGAUUGCAGCCAAGGAGGGCAUCGAUCUGUCGCAGGUUGUUGCGGUUGGUGACGGCGCAAACGAUCUGCUGAUGAUGGGCGCGGCGGGCUUGGGUGUUGCGUGGAACGCUAAGCCGAGGGUGCAGAUGGAGGCCGAUACGAGACUCAACAGCGAGAGCCUGUUGGACUUGUUGUACCUCUUUGGGUUUACGGGUGAUGAGAUUGAGCAGCUCGCCUCGUAG